UCAAUGUCGGCGACGCCGGUGACAAGAAUCGACGAAAAUUCCCGACGCUAUUUGAGUCAUUUCAUCGACUAACGUAACGGAACUAACAUACUAAAAUGACUAUUUCGCGACUAUUUAGAGGAUUUGGGUCCUUGAUAGGUCGCAGAGUAGCAAAGGAGGUUCAAAUAGGCAAGACUAUUAUCACCAGCUCGAGGCCAAAGGAACCAGCCCUGUCAGCCGUCGGAGCUGCAAGUGAAGCAGUAAAGGCCAAGUUUCCCAUUGGAGCUACUGUCUCUGGGUUCAGAGUGAAGGAAGUGCAAGACAUAUCUGAACUCUACCUCACAGCCGUCCGCCUUGAGCACGUCACCACAGGAGCAGACUACCUGCACAUAGCUCGCGAUGAUCCCACAAACACAUUCUGCGUGGGGUUCAGAACGACACCGAUGGACUCGACAGGUGUUCCCCACAUUCUCGAGCACACUGUUUUAUGUGGGAGCAAGAAGUACCCCUGCAGUGACCCAUUCAUGAAGAUGCUCAACAGGUCACUCUCAACUUUCAUGAAUGCCAUGACUGGGAGUGACUUCACCAUUUAUCCCUUCUCCACCCAACAUCCAGUGGACUUCAGAAACCUGAUGUCCGUCUACCUGGAUGCUGUUUUCCACCCAAAUCUUAAUGAGCUCGAUUUCCUCCAGGAAGGCUGGAGGUUGGAACACGAAGACGUGAACAACAAGUCCUCCCCUCUCGUGUUCAAGGGCGUUGUAUUCAACGAGAUGAAAGGUGUCUUUGCCGAUUCGCAGCAACUCUUCUCUCAGAAGCUUCAGAAUGGCAUUUUGCCCUCACACACGUACGGUGUUGUUUACGGCGGUGACCCCUUGUGCAUCCCAGAAUUAACGUGGGAUCACCUCAAACACUUCCAUGCUUAUCAUUACCACCCUAGUAACGCUCGGUUUUACACCUACGGGGACAUGCCCCUGGAAGAUCAUCUGUCUUUUAUAGACGACAAUUACCUGAGCAAGUUCGCUAAAAUUGAUCCGAGCACUGCAGUGCCCGAAGAGCCCAACUGGUCAGAACCCAGGGAGGCACACAUCGACUGCGGCAAAGAUCCAAUGGCGUCUCCUGAUGCUCAGAACUCAAUAGCAGUGUCGUACAAAUUGAUAAACGUCGUCAAUAACUUUGAGAACUUCGUUUUAGAAAUCCUCGGGCAGUUACUGAUGAGCGGUCCAAACUCCCCCUUUUACGAAUCUCUCUUGGAGCCACAGUUAGGCUCCAGUUUCUCUCCUUCUUCUGGCUACGACGGACACACCCGAAACACGACAUUUACCGUCGGUUUGCAGGGUGUCAAGGAUGCUGAUUUAGGUACGGUUAAGUCGGCAAUUGAAGAUACUUUUAAAAGGCUGGCAGAGACAGGUUUUCCCAAAGAGAGGGUCGAAGCUAUCCUGCACAGCAUUGAGUUGAGCAUCAAGCACGAGAAAUCAAGCUUUGGUCUCGGGCUGGCCAUGAAUCUGGCACCGAUCUGGAAUUUGGACAGUGAUCCAGUUGAUGCCCUUCAGAUCAACAGAAACAUGACACAGUUCAGGAACUGCUUUGAAAACGACCCAACUUUCCUUCAAGAGAAAAUAAAGAAGUACUUCCUAAAUAACACUCAUAAAUACACACUCACAAUGUCGCCCACGAAUGACUACGAGCUGAAUUUGCAAAACAAGGAAAACGAACUGCUUGCAAAACAAGUCACAUCUCUGACUGAAGAGGACAAGGCAAGGAUUUGGGAACUAGGACAGACUCUGAGGCAGAAACAGGAGGCCAAGCAAGACAUUUCCUGUCUCCCAACGUUGCACGUCUCCGACAUAAGCCGCAAGAUUACCCCUACGCUGGUAACAGAUGUCGGUAUCGGCGGCGUCCCAAUUCAAGUGUGCGACCAGCCAACGAACGGUAUCACAUACUUCAACGCUGUACUUGAUACACAGUAUGUUCCGGAACACCUUCAGCCGUUGGUUCCUGUUUUGUGUGGUAUCCUGACACGCAUGGGGGCCGGUCACUUUGAUUUCCGUACGUUUGAUCAGGAGGUGGAGCUGAAAACUGGGGGACUGAACGUAAAUACUGUCAUCACUCCACAUCCCAUUGAAAGCAAUAAGUACGAACAAGGAAUCCAGGUAUCCUCCCACUGUCUAAACCACAAGUUAAAUGACAUGUUUGAUCUCUGGGCUCUAAUCUUCAACGAGGUGAAGCUCGACGACCUCCAGAGAUUUGGCACGCUAGUGAAGAUGAUAGCGACGAACCAAGCCAACAGUCUGGUUUUCCACGGUCAUCGGUAUGCCAUGACUGCGUCUGCCUCUACAACAAACCCAGUUUCAGCUCUGACUGAGAAAUGGUCAGGUUUGACAUCUCUGUCUUACAUGAAAGCGCUGAGUGAAACGGAGGACCUAGGACCUGUUCUAGAGCAGCUCAAAGAGCUAGCCAAGCUGCUUUUGUCCAGGGAGUGCAUGAGGGUCGCCAUCAAUUCAACUCCAGAAUACCACGACGGAGCGCUGAAAAACUUCGAGGGAUUCUUAAAUAAGCUGGAUGGAACCCCAAAGGGCAAGUCACCUUUCACCUCUGUGUCGUCAGAUUUCACUCCUCACACCUUAAGAAACCACCAAGUGUUCCCUUUCCCGAUCAACUUUGCUUCAAAGUCGUACGCUGGAGUUUGUUACGCACACCCUGAUGCUGGUCCACUCAGGCUGCUAGCUCGUCUCAUGUUCAAGUUCCUACACAAGGAGAUCAGAGAGAAAGGGGGUGCUUACGGAGGGGGCGCUAACUCAACGGCCGGCGCAGCUUACUCAUUCUACAGCUACAGGGAUCCAAACUCCACAAAGACGUUGGCAACAUUCGAUGCCGCUGUGGAGUGGGUGCUUUCGGGAGGCUUCAAUGAGACAGACGUUUCGGAAGCAAAGUUGGGAGUCUUCCAGUCAGUCGACGCUCCCGUCUCUCCAGGCUCCAAAGGGAGUAGGCGUUUCUUGUCUCACAUCUCGGAUGAACUGUUCGCUGACCACAGAAGGUCGAUCUUAGAUGCGCAGCCUCAAGACCUAAUAAGAGUUGCAAGGACCUACUUGCGCGAUGCCUCAAUCGAAGGAGGCUGCUUGAUUGGACCAAAGAAUGAAGACCUUGAAAAUGACCCUUUCUGGAAUACCGUUAAUAACUGAGGAACUUAGCCGUGAAAAUCGAGAGGAUCAUCUAUUUUUUUACGCAACAGACGCCGCAAAAAAGGAUCCACAUUCAAAAGUAAAAUGGUGCUCUAUGUUCCAAGUGAUAUUUAGGAUAUUAUAUCAAUUAUAUCGUUGAUUGUCUAUAUUGCAUUUGAUUUAGCUGGUAUUUGUCUUGUUUGUUUCCUGUACAUGAAAACAAAAUGAAUGCUUGGCCAAACACCACUAAGUGUUUAAGGUCAAGACAGUGAGCUGUAGGCUCUGUGUUUGGUAUGAUUCCUAGUCUGAGUUCUUUUUGUCUUCUCUUUGAAACAUUGCAAUUGUACGCUCAGACUUACAGUACAGUACAUUUAUUAAUUUAUCAAUUUAUCAGUUUAUCAAACAUGAAAGUUGAGUACUGUUAUGGGACUUUGCAGCUUAUAUUGCACUACAGAACUCCUUGCCAGAAUGUCUUACUUGUGCCAAUAACAAGUAGUAUUUAUCAAGGCAGCAGCUGAAGAUGCUGUUGUUAAUUGUUGUACAUUCAGAACUGACGUUAUAAAGAGUUACUUUGCAAAGUUGUUGGUACAAUGAGUCAGUGUUGCUGGUAACAUAGUUAUUGAACUUUGCAGAGUUCCAAUGGUAUCAAAGUUUAAAAUUGCAUUGUUCACCGUACAACGAUGAUGUGGUUUCACAUAUGUGUAGUGGCCAAAUUGAAAAUAGUAGUGAUUAAAUGUGUGAAUUUCAUAAUUGGAUUUCCAACUUCUACUGCAUAGCCUAUUUUGUCAUUACAAAGAUUACUGAUGACCACAGUACUAUGGUCUUUGUUGUCUUUACAAAGUAUUUUUAUUAAACUAUGGCAUCGUGAUUUCCAAGUUUUGCAAGCAUGGUCCAGCUGGUUAGUUCCAAAAUGAGAGGCAACUAUUUGGUGUAAGUCAAAAGUACAUGUAUCGCAGCUUUAGCCUUCUACUUCAUUGCUCUCUGUUAUAUUUAUAUAUGUUCACUGCCUGCCUUCAUGGAUGUUCAAUUUACUUUUCCUUGCAUCAACUUUUGGCCCUCGUUCGAGAAGAAUAUAUUUGUCCAUCCUUAUAGGAGAGUAGUGUAGUAUUGAAUUCCAAUCAGAUAUCUGCAUGAGAAUGUAUAUCCCCACAACUGCAAGACAAUUAACAGGAUGAAACAUCAAAAUUGAGAUUAUAAACCUUAAUUAUUUUAUUUCUUGAAUAGUUAUUAGUGUGAGAGCAGCUUAUAGUAUUUGCCCAUGAAAGCUGCCCGCAAAAACAGCAUAAACUGUUCCCAUUUCAUCUGUAAAUAUCCAACACUGAACAUUGUUGUUGAAUCUGUACCUAUGUAUAUUAUGUUGUGUCAAUUUGUAUAUUUUAAUAAAAAGUGUUAAAUUGUCAUUGAC